AUGCAGGAAGAGAUGGAAAUCAAGAGUGGGAGCGCUGGGCGUUCAGGGCCAGGAGGGAGUGGGAAUGGUGUCUAUUCGAGCGUCACAUUCCGCCAGAAACAAGAACUGGAGAGAUAUCUAAGCUUCUUCUCUUCGAUGGCAUUUUCCGCUUGCCUGCUUGCCACAUGGGAAUCUGCUGGUGGCAGUUUGCUCUCGGGGCUGUAUAACGGCGGCCCUGCAGCGAUUGUUUAUGGAAUUAUCUUAAGUACCGUGGGUAAUUUGGCUAUUGCAUGCUCUUUAGCCAAGCUUGCCUCUCUACACCCAACUGCCGGUGCUCAAUAUCAUUGGAGCUAUUAUCUUGCACCUCGUGGUCGUCGAUUCAUUAGUUUCUUCCAGGGUUGGGUCACUGUCUUCUCCUGGUCCGCUCUCGUCUGCAUCGCGCCAUACUUCAUCGGAACCCAAAUUCAAGGCAUGGUUGUGCUGGCACACCCUGAAUAUGAGCUUGUGAGGUGGCGGGGUACGCUACUCAUGUGGGCAGUUGCAAUCGUCCCGAUCAUUAUCAAUAUAUUUGCGCGUCGCAUCAUGGGAGGUAUCGAGGUUGCUGCGGGCAUCAAGCAUGUCGUUUUCCUACCCGUCACCAUCGCAGUCUUCGUUAUCCUUGCCCCUCGAAACCCCGACUCGUUUGUCUGGGAUAACUUUGUCGGUGGCCUGAGUGGCUGGAAGGAUUCCGGAGUGGUAUUCUCCGUCGGUCUUAUUGGUGUCAUUACUCCGCUGGCUGGCGUCGACGGUGUAAUUCACAUGGCCGAAGAAGUCAAGAACGCCCAAGUUGUCGUCCCCCGCUCCAUGAUCUACGGUACCCUGAUCAACGGAAUCCUCGCAUUCUGCUAUCUGAUAGCGGUCCUCUACUGCAUGGGCGACUACACCGAAGCUGUCACCAGCGCAACGGGCUAUUCCAUCAUCACAAUCGCCUUCCAAGCAACCGGAUCCAAAGCAGCCACCUGCGUUCUAAUGGCAAUGGGAAUGCUCCCCGGCUGA